AGGUGUCAGGAAGACUACAUACAUCUCUUCCGGCAUUUAGAUCUCUUGUCAUUUGACCCCUUCGUGUAAUGAGGUCUGUGACAAUGAACACAAGUCACCUGCCUUUGGGUCCUCGCCUCUGCAAACACUGCUGAACUCCCUGGCUGGAAUCUGAAGAGUGAUAAUUUUGAAUUAUCACAGCCAUCUCUGAGGGCACUACAUCUUCCCCAGAGCAGAGACCACCGAACCCCUCAUUGUUAUCUUGUUCCUCGGAUACCAUCUCUACGUGCUGUAAAUGUUACUUACUAACUGUCCUGGACCCACCAGUGUCAAAGAAAGACUCCUGCCAGAUUUUGGGAAAGAUGGGGAAUGGCAAAAGCCGAUCAGGGCAGAAUGUGUGUUCACAGUUUCUUCCUGAGGAACAGGCUGAGAUGGAUAGAUUGUUUGAUGCUCUGUCAUCGGAGAAAAGCAGCCCAAAUACCUCACCCAGAUCCUUCUCUCUGAAAGCACUAAAGAGCCGCAUUGGGGAAGCUCUUCCCCCGGAGAUGGUCACCAGACUGUAUGAUGGCAUGCGGAGGGUUGACCUGACAGGGAAGGCUAAGGGGCCCAGCGAGAGCGUCUCCCAGGAGCAGUUCACAAUAUUGAUGUCCCACUUGCUGAAAGGGAACUCCGAGGAGAAGAGUCUCGUGAUCCUGAAAAUGAUUUCUGUCACAGAAGGUCCUGUGAAAGCAAGAGAAGUCCAAAAGUUUACAGAGGAUCUGGUGGGCUCCGUGGUGCACGUGCUAAACCACAGACAGGAGCUGAGAGGCUGGACUUGGAAGAAAGCCCCAGGCCCCUCGCCCAGGGUGCAGGUACUGGCAGCUCAGCUGCUCUCCGAGAUGAAGCUUGCAGACGGCAAGAAGCUCCUGGGGCCCCAGUGGCUGGACUAUGACUGUGACCGAGCUAUGAUUGAGGACUGGGUGUUCAGGGCCCACCUUGUUGCCACAUUCCUGAGUGUGAUCAUCCACAGGGGAUUUCUCCUGCAUUUGGCCCUCAAUCUGGCCACUUUGGUCCCUAAGCGUCAAGUUGACCAGGGGCAGGAGUUUGAGAGCAUCCUGGAUGUCCUGUCAGUCAUCUAUGUCAACUCCCACCUGCCCAGGGAGCAGCGGCACCACUGGCACCUGCUCUUCUCAUCCGAGCUCCAUGGGCACAGCUUUGCCCAGCUCUGUGGGCGCAUCCCACACCGGGGGCCCUGUGUGUUACUCCUCGAGGACCACGACGGCCAUGUGUUCGGUGGGUUUGCCUCCUGCUCCUGGGAAAUCAAGCCACAGUUUCAAGGGGACGACAGGUGCUUCCUGUUCUCCAUCUCCCCCAGCAUGGCCGUGCACACCUGCACGGGCUACAACAACCACUACAUGUACCUGAAUCACGGGCAGCAGACCAUCCCAAACGGACUGGGCAUGGGAGGGCAGCACAAUUACUUCGGGCUGUGGAUCGAUGUUGACUUUGGGAGAGGGCACAGCAAGGCCAAGCCCACGUGUACUACGUACAACAGCCCUCAGUUGUCAGCCCAGGAGGACUUCCGGUUCGAGAAGCUGGAGGUGUGGGCAGUUGGAGACGCCUCGGGGCAGAAGCUGGCCAACAGCGGCAAGAGCAUUCUCGAUGCAAACCCGGAUGCCCAGGUCCUGCUGGAGUUGACUGGGCGGAGUCGCCACAGCCAAGGGCUCCGGGAAAUACCUGAUGAGUGAGGACCCUGGGCUCAGGUUGCCCUGGAGCUGGAGCAUGGCCCCCCACCUUGGACAGAGUGCACAGCCUGUAGACCCUCUCCCCAUGUCCAGAUUGCCCGGACGUGCUGAAUCAGAACAGAGUAAAAUCCCUCUGAUGCCAUAUAUUGAUUGGGGAGUGUUUCUCCCAGAAAUCUUGAGUGUCGACUUAGCAACGUAAUUCUUGUACUUUGUUCACCUCAUAUCAGUGAAAUGCAGUGACGCUGACGCCUUUGAGACCUCGGUCGGAAUCAGCAUUUGUUGGGCUUGUGAGGUCUUGUGUGUAGGGGUUUCCUCCACUCGGGGUCACGUGGCCUCUGCUCAGGCUGUCCCAGGUAAAGCGUGCCUUGAUGUUCAUUUCGACUGGUAUAAAGGACAGAGGUAUUUGGGUGUGAAUCUGAACACUCUUUGAAAAUAGUUUCCUAUGGCAUGGAAUUUCUGUAUUUAUAAAUAAGCACAGUGUAUUAAUGGGGGCGGACAGCUGGAGUCUUGGCGAUAACAAUGGCAUGGAUCCUCAAUAGGUGUUUAUAAUAACGUUCCACAUACGCCUUCCUCAGUUGGUUUUAAAUGAAUGUGUGCCAUGAGCAAGGGGGAAAAUGAGGAGAUCAACAGAGAAGCAAAGUUGAGGUUCUUUUAUUAAUUUAAAUGUGGGGGACGUUUGGGGGCCUUACUAUGGCCUGCUGCCUACAUUAGCCGUGAGUAGCUUGGCAGCGCUGGCCUGGGUUCUGGGCCUUCUGGCACCACAUCUGUCAGCAUAAUCUCCCUGCCCGGUGCUGCUCCUGAAGGGGAGAGCAGGUAAUUUGACAGCUUGGACAAACUGCAGUGAUCCCCAAAGGCUAAUGACUUACGUGGGCUGGGCUUCCGAGCUGAGCUGCCAUCUCCUAGGCAACUCGAAGCACACUGUGAGAAUUCCCUCCUUAAAGGAGCUGUGGGCACCCCUCAGACAUACAUAUACCUCGUCCUCUUGUCUUUUAGCUGUAAGCUUUGACCUUUUAUUACAGAGUUUGCCCUGAUUAUAAGCCAUAGCAAACAGAGCUGUUUGCAUUUUGCAGGUUCUGCAUUUUCUGCCAGGAGGCUCAUCAAGCUUUGCACUUAGCAGUGCCCUUGGCUGAACAGAAGGCUUUGCAAAUUAGCCUUCAAAAGAAAAGCACACGCUGGGAUGGCACCUGGAGGGCCAGCAGCGUGACACACACAGCCUCAGUCAUGAUUGACUUUCCUUAUAAAAAGCCAUUUUUAAAUAGCUUCUCUCGGGUACAUUAUGUGACUUCCUAACUGAUGGGGUAGCAGUUACAGAAUAUUGGGAUUCUCAGCUCAUUUUACCGUAAAUCUGAAGAAUUAGGUC